AUGAAAGGAUCGAUUUUGACGGUUUUGUCAAUGGAGAAUCAUCAUCAUCCUUCAACGCUAUUAUCAAUGGAUUCUAGUGGAUCAUCGCAUGAAGAGCUUGAUCUGGAGAUGAACAAUGGUACUAAUAGACAAAUCACGCUUUAUAAUCCACCAGACAUUAAUCUGCCUUUGUCUGUAGGAGGAAGAAACUCACCAUCAUCAUGGAACUUGGAUUCUUGUGAUAACAUUUUGGAUGUUGGUCUUAGCUCAUCACAUGUUUACGAGACCGAGACGUUCCUCAAUGUUGUUCCAAGUAAAAUCACUAGGAAAUGCUUGAAACGUGGAGAUAGCAUGUGGGGAGCUUGGUUUUUCUUCAGCUUCUACUUUAGACCGGCGUUGAACGAUAAAUCAAAGUCUAAGGUCGUUAGGGAUAGUGGUAAUGGAGGAGGAGGAGGAUGUUUUACUGGGUUUGAUAAAUCUGAUCUAAAGCUCGAUGUUUUUCUUGUUCAGCAUGAUAUGGAGAACAUGUAUAUGUGGGCUUUCAAGGAUAAACCCGAGAACGCGCUCGGGAAAAUGCAGUUGAGAAGCUAUAUGAAUGGACAUUCUCGUCAAGGUGAGCGUCCGUUUCCCUUUAGCGCGGAGAAAGGGUUUGUUCGGUCUCACAGAAUGCAGAGGAAGCAUUACAGGGGACUCUCUAAUCCUCAAUGUCUUCACGGGAUCGAGUUUGUGCCUUCGCCGAGUUUGUUGUGUGUCAGCGAGGAAGAUAAGAAGAGAUGGAUGGAGCUAACGGGUCGAGAUUUGAAGUUCACUAUCCCGUCUGAUGCUAGUGAUUUCGGUUCAUGGAGAAAUCUUCCCAACACAGAUUUCGAGCUCGAGAGACCGCCUCAUGUUGCGAAACCGGCACCAACGAAUGCCAAGAAGAUCCUUAACGGCUCGGGCUUACACUUGACAAGUAACGCGUCCUUCAGUAGCAAUGGUGACUCAUCAGAUCAAUCUCCAGGAGGAGGAGGCAACAACAACAAGAAGAGAAAAGAGUUCUUAUCCCCGGGAAGCAGCGAAGAAGAAUGUUGCUUGACUGUUAACAACAUCGAGACACAUCACACCAAGGACCCACCUGGCUGGGUAAACGACUUCACCGGAGUGAUGAAGACUGUUCACGGACCCGUGACUGCAGCGAAAACCAUCUACGAGGACGAAGAAGCUUACCUGGUCAUAAUAACUUUACCUUUUGUUGAUCUGAAUUCCGUGAAGGUUUCAUGGAGGAACAGUAUUACAAACGGAAUCGUAAAGGUCACUGGAUCAAGCACGUCGCGUGCUCCGUUAGUGAAGAGACGGGACCGGACUUUCAAGCUGGUUGAUCAAACUGCUGAACAUUGUCCUCCAGGUGAAUUCAUGAGGGAGAUACAGUUGCCAAAUCGGAUUCCAGAAGAAGCAAACAUCGAAGCUUAUUUCGACGGGACAGGACCGGUUCUGGAGAUUUUGGUACCGAAAUUGAAAGGAGGAGUUGAGGAAGAACAUGAGGUCAGGGUUUGUCUACGACCACAUCACCUCGGAGGAGCUGGUGAGCUUAAGUUGACUUGA